UAGUGACAUAUUUAUAUUAUUUAUGAACCUUUUAAAGCUUUUAAAAACAAGAGCGAAUAACAUCGCAAAUCACAAGACUUUUAUUAAUUUGAAAAAAAGUAUAAAAGUUAAGUGGAAAGGGCAGUAUACCCGGUCACCGUUGCGGCGAACGGCAAAAAGAACGAUGUUUAAAAAUCUUGUGAUCGCCAUCUUCCUGGUGCUCUUAAGCAACCUAAUCUACAAAGUUUUCAUCUAUGAGCACCCAGUGCCUGACAUCGACAAAGAUGCAUAUUGGGGAGCAGGACAGCCUCGUCCGGACGACAUCUCAAUCAAACCCUUCAAAAUCCAAGUCCCUGAUUCAGCUCUGAAUGACUUGAAAACACGAUUGGAUUUGGAUAUUCGUUAUCAGAAAAGUCUUGAAGGAGUUAAUUUUGAGUAUGGCAUGAAUCCCACAACUCUCCUCGAGGUUGUCGACUUUUGGAAGAACAAAUACAACUGGAGGGAACGUGAGGCAAAACUAAACUCUUUCCCUCAAUUCCUGACUCAAGUUUCCGGCCUUCGCAUUCACUACGUCCACGCCAAACCAGAAAAAGUUCCAAGCGGAGUUCAGGUUUUGCCGCUUUUACUCCUUCACGGAUGGCCCGGCACUGUGAAAGAAUUUCACGCCCUCAUCCCGAUGCUGACCAAACCUCACGAAGAAAUCGUUUUUGAAGUGAUAGCGCCUUCUCUUCCCGGCUAUGGAUUUUCAGAGGCAGCCCACAAACAAGGCUUGAGCACGCCUGAAAUGGCCGUCAUCUUCCAAAAAUUGAUGAACCGACUUGGUUUCAAGAAAUUCUACCUGCAGGGAGGUGACUGGGGCUCUCUCAUUGCCACUGAUUUGAGCAUCCUUUAUCCCGAACGUGUUUUGGGUCUUCAUGUGAACAUGUGCGGAUCCAUGAGUCAACUGGCUACCUUCUACCAAAUUGCUGCCAGCCUCUACCCACCUUUAUUCAUGGACAAGCAGAUUUCUGACAUUUUAUAUCCAAUGUCAGACUUUUACUCAAAUCUUGCUUUGGAGACUGGCUACAUGCACAUUCAGGCUACCAAACCUGACACUAUUGGAAAUGCGUUGGCAAACACGCCUGUUGGUCUCGCAGCCUACAUAUUGGAAAAGUUCUCCACUUGGACAGACAAUAAAAACAGGAAUCUCCCUGGAGGUGGUCUCACUGAGAAAUACAAGCUGGAAGAUUUGCUCGACAACAUCAUGAUUUACUGGCUCACUGGAAACAUUGCCUCCUCAAUGCGUCUCUAUUCUGAAGUUUUCAACAAGAGACAUUACGCACAGGGAUGGGAUGACGUACCUUGCAAAGUACCAACCGUGUGCGCCCGUUUCCCCAGCGAGCUGCUCAUUCAACCUGAGUUUGUGAUUCGCCUCAAGUACCCCAAGCUUUUGCCCUCUCCCGACCCUUCGCAUCCUGACUACAUUGUUCACAGACCUCCCCGAGGUGGACACUUCGCUGCCUUUGAGGAGCCGGAGUUGCUUGCAAACAGCGUCUUCAAAGGUUUCCGCGACGUCAUCAAGCAAAACGCCUAAAAGGUAUCAAAAAAAUUCUUCAUUCCAUUAAACGGUUGUGAUCGAAAGCGACGGAAUUUAAUUCUAAAGCACAACGAUAGAUUGUUUAUUUUUGCUUAGCAAUAAAAUAUUUGGGAAUUGUCUUCUACUAAAUCAAUUUCAUCA